AUGGGCACCUGCUCAAAGUGUUCAAAAUCCUUUAAGGAACUUUAUGUGUGCGAGGACUGUAAGUCUGCACAUUGUACAACAUGUAGUGAACUUACGGCCACAGAGCAGAGAGUUAUGGAACUUAAGAAGAAAACAUUGAUUUUUCGAUGUGGAGACUGUAGUUUCACUACUAUUGAUUUAAAUCUUUGCAAAGUUCAAAUAGAACAUCUUAAAAAAGAAAUAUUGUUAUUAAAAGAUCAAAUAUUGGAUAAAACUACAAUCAUAAAUGAUAAAAUGAAAAUAAUAACAUUGCAAGAAGAAAAGUUAGUAAAUAAACAACAAGAACACAAUAACCAAAAAACAAUAACAAAGAAAAAAGAAAAAUCAUCAAGUCAAUCACAUCAAGAUCCACUAAUAAAUGAAAAUAGAGAAAUACAACCCAAUGCAGAAAAACUGUAUAGCACAGCCACCAAAUCUUCAUAUAAAGAUAUAAUUGAUGCACAAAAAACAAAAAUGAAUGAAUUAAUAAAUAUAAACAAAGACACUCACAAAGAGAAAAAACUGGCUCAAAAAACAUCUGAACUAAAGAAGAUCAGCUAUGGAUCAAAUAAGUCAGGAAAUAAAUUUCAAGGUACACCCAAAAAAGUUUGGCUUUUUAUAUCAAGGGUCAACAAAGACGUGGUAAAGGAGGACAUAACUCAGUUUCUUAAUGAUAAAGACAACUUAAAAGAAAGAGAGUUUAUCAUAGAGGAAGUUGAGGUCAAUAGGAAAACUACAAAAUGUUUUAAAAUUGGCGCCGAUUAUGAUCUGUUAGAGGAAAUAUAUAAACCGGACUUUUGGCCAAGUGGUAUAGGCUAUAGCAGAUACUAUUUUUCUAGAGAGGACCAAAAUAAAGUGCACGCGGUACCCCCCCCUACGCGCCUCCUCGUCCCGCAGGGAUACACCUGCGAGAUACGGAACACACAAACACAAUACGAUGUGAACCAAAGUUCCUCAAAAAAAUCUUACUCAACAGUCCUUAAUGAACAACAAUUUCCUAACAAACACCAAGCUAUUGUCUUUAGUUCUAUUGAUGGAAUUAAAAUCCAUGAGUACAUUCUAGCUUUGGGAGAAAAAGUUGGCCCUAAAAGGAUACUCUUUUCAUCAAGAAUCUCCAACAAUAGAAUUUGUAUAUAUCUCUCCAGUAAAGAAAUCGCUGACAAAUUCAUUAAUGAACAUGGAUCUAUAAUUAUUAACAAUGAAAUAAUUCAAGCAAGAAAGUUAGUAACACCUUCACAGCGUAUAGUUUUGUCAAAUGUAAGCCCCACAAUACCCCAUACAGCUCUGGCUACCGAACUAGGAAAAAUGGGACUAACCUUAAUGUCGCCGAUAACCUUUUUACGCAUAGGUAUUCCCAACCCUGAAUACUCUCACAUCCUAAGCUUUAGAAGACAAGUAUAUAUUGCACCUCAAAAUUGUUCUAUACCUGACUCAAUAGUCAUCACGGAUGAAAAUACGCCUUAUAGAAUUUUUAUCACCCAAGAUGGACUUACUUGCUUUAAAUGCAAGCAACAAAACCAUCUAGCUGCAAACUGCCCAAAUUCUGCCCCUGAAAAUAUAGAAGAAGUAACUCAUGCCACCGUUCCAGAGAACCCAAUCAAUAUACUAUCACAAAAUAACACCAUCAAUCAAACACCCAAUAUCAAUGAAAAUUCUAUCAUAGAAUCACCAACUGGAUCGAAAAGAUCCAUAUCAACUGUUCUUACCCCACCAUUAGAAGACAACCCAAAAAGCCAAACCGAACCUUUUAUAAAACCAAAAGAAACAGCCCAGAAAAAACUUAAAACUAGACAACACUCAGAUAUAUCUACCAAAACAGUUGAACAACUUAUGGAACCAGUUAAAAAGUUUGUUGAAGAAAACAAAUUCGCCUUGAAUUUUGAACAAAUCACUGAUUUUUUUGAAAACGUGCAUGGCUCCCCAGACCCGUUAAGUUGUGCGAAACAAUACACCUCUGAUAUUCAUGACCUCAUCGUAAUGUUAACUCUAAUAUACCCACAUUUUACAGAACGAAGCAUAAAAACCAGAUGUACAAAAAUUCGCAACAAGUUAUCGGAACAGAUAAAAGUAAAGGAUAUAGUAUUUAAUCGGGACCGAUUUGAUUUGCCCUACAAAAUAUCCGGUUCGAUACCGGAUGCGGCUAGGGCAGGAUGUAAAAUGCUCGACAUCGUCCGGGACGGACUCUUUCCGCCUCUGAUUAGGGCACUGGAUGCGGCUCUGAUUAGGAAAAUCAAUCAAAUCGGAAAAAUGCUAUCUGAUGCGAAAUCCAUAACCUAA